CCCGAUAGAGCGGCAAUGAUGGUGGAGUCUGCAUCGGAGACAAUCAGGUCGGCUCCGUCUGGUCAGAACGGCGUGGGCAGCCUCUCUGCGCAGGCUGAUGGCGGCGGUGGGGCCGGGACCGCAGGCACGGCCCCGGCUGCAGGCAGGGACGCCUCAGGCAGGGAAGCGGCCAGCGGAGCUGACAGCAACGGCGAGAUGAGCCCUGCGGAGCUUCUGCACUUCCAACAGCAACAGGCUCUCCAGGUGGCCCGGCAGUUCCUGUUGCAGCAAGCCUCCAGCCUGAACUCCCCGGGGAACAAUGACAGUAAACAGUCGGCCUCUGCAGUGCAGGUGCCUGUGUCUGUGGCCAUGAUGUCCCAGCAGAUGCUUACCCCCCAGCAGAUGCAGCAGAUCCUGUCGCCACCUCAGCUGCAGGCCUUGCUGCAGCAGCAACAGGCUCUCAUGCUCCAACAGCUGCAGGAAUAUUACAAGAAGCAGCAGGAACAGCUCCACUUGCAGCUCCUCAGCCAGCAGCAGGCUGGGAAACAGCAGCCCAAAGAGGCUCUGGGGAACAAACAGCUGGCCUUCCAGCAGCAGCUCCUGCAGAUGCAACAGUUGCAGCAACAGCACUUGCUCAACCUACAGAGGCAGGGGCUGGUCAGCCUGCAGCCUAGCCAAGCCUCAGGGCCCCUCCAGGCCCUCCCGCAAGCAGCCGUGUGCCCGACAGACCUGCCCCAGCUGUGGAAAGGCGAGGGUGCCCCGGGGCAGCCUGCUGAGGAUGGCGGCAGGCAGGAGGGGCUGGACCUCGCCAGCCCAGCUGCUACUGCUACCUCGUUCGCCAGCCCUCCCAAGGUCUCCCCGCCCCUCUCCCACCACCCCUUACCCAACGGACAACCCACUGUGCUCACAUCUCGGAGAGACAGCUCCUCCCAUGAGGAGACCCCCAGUUCCCACCCUCUUUAUGGACAUGGAGAAUGCAAGUGGCCCGGCUGUGAGACCCUGUGUGAAGACCUGGGCCAGUUUAUCAAACACCUCAACACAGAGCAUGCUUUGGAUGACCGGAGCACGGCCCAGUGCCGCGUGCAGAUGCAGGUGGUCCAACAGCUGGAGAUCCAGCUGGCCAAGGAGAGUGAGAGGCUGCAGGCCAUGAUGGCACAUCUGCAUAUGCGACCUUCCGAGCCCAAGCCCUUCAGCCAGCCACUGAACCCAGUCCCUGGCUCCUCCUCAUUCUCCAAGGUGACCGUCUCCGCAGACCCAUUCCCAGAUGGCCUCGUGCACCCCCCAACUUCAGCCGCUGCCCCUGUCACACCCCUGCGUCCCCCUGGCCUGGGCUCUGCCUCUUUGCACGGUGGGGGCCCUGCCCGCAGGAGAAGCAACGACAAAUUCUGCUCCCCCAUCUCCUCAGAGCUGGCCCAGAAUCAUGAGUUCUACAAGAACGCAGACGUCAGGCCCCCCUUCACCUACGCCUCCCUUAUCCGCCAGGCCAUUUUGGAGACUCCAGAUAGGCAGCUGACCCUAAAUGAGAUAUAUAACUGGUUCACCAGGAUGUUCGCCUAUUUUCGAAGAAACACGGCCACCUGGAAGAAUGCCGUGCGCCACAACCUCAGCCUGCACAAGUGUUUCGUCCGCGUGGAGAAUGUCAAGGGGGCCGUGUGGACUGUGGAUGAGCGGGAAUAUCAGAAACGGAGACCGCCAAAGAUGACAGGGAGCCCCACUCUGGUGAAGAACAUGAUCUCCGGCCUCAGUUAUGGGGCACUUAACGCCAGCUACCAGGCUGCCCUGGCAGAGAGUAGCUUCCCUCUCCUCAGCAGCCCCGGCAUGCUGAACCCUGGCUCAGCCAGCAGCCUUCUGCCCCUCAGCCAGGAUGACAUGGGCGCCCCUGGGGAACCACUACCCAGCAAUGGGAGCAGCAGCCCCCCUCGCCUCUCCCCUCCUCAGUACAGUCACCAGAUACAAGUCAAAGAGGAGCCUGCUGAGGCAGAGGAAGACCGACGGCCGGGACCUCCCCUGGGCGCCCCCAACCCCAGCACUGUGGGGCCUCCAGAAGACAGGGACCUGGAGGAGGACCUGGCAGGAGAGGACAUGUCCUAAGGGCUGGGUGGGCAGGCAGGGCAGAACAAGACCCUGCCGCCCAGUCUGGACCCCGGCCCACCCACCCCACUCUACAGCCCCUCCAACCUCAAGGCACUUCGGGGACUUGGACGGGGGAGACCUGGGCCCCACGCCACCUGACUGACAGACGCCUGGGGUCAGGCACAUCCCUGCCUCCCCAAGAGAACACAGAAUCCUUGGACUGGGACCCAUAGAGGACAUGGAGGGCCCAGACCCUCUCAGCCCCUCCCUGUAUUCCCAACCACCACCAGCAGCAGCA